AUGGUGCUGGUUCAGCGGUGUCACUCACCUUCACCGGUUCUGCCGCCGCUGAUUCCGCACCCCGCACCAAAGUCGAUCACUAACUCGAGCAGGACCCACGCAGGCAGCAGUCAUGCUGCGUCUGCCGAAUCAGAUAAAGGCUACACCUCAAUCGGACCAGAUGGAACUAGAGUUACAUCGAAUGAGAAGAUUAGUAGUGCGGAAAAGAAAGACGGCCAUCAGUACACCCACGGCGACCACGGGAUCUCAUCAGACGACCAUGGUGGCUACUCCAGCUGGGGCUUAGACGGAGAUCAUCGCCGCGCCAGCGAGGGUAAAUCUGCAGCAAUCGAUAAAGAAUUAGUCGUAAAAGAUGCGAGCGGAACGCGUGUGCAAAAGGAGAAGGGAAGCAGCGCUGCAGCCAAAUCUGCUUACGACGAUGUACACAAGGGAUACAAGACGGUGGUCGAUGGCAAAGGUGGAUACAAAAGCGAAAGAAGCGAUUAUAGGAAAGUAGGAAACUCACAAGGUUCAUCUGCAGCUAGUGACAAAGAAUUGAAGAUAAUAAAUAAAGAUGGAUCCAGGGUUACAUCGAAUGAGAAGAUUAGUAGUGCUGAAAAGAAAGACGGCCAUCAGUACACCCACGGCGACCACGGGAUCUCAUCAGACGGCCAUGGUGGCUACUCCAGCUGGGGCUUAGACGGAGAUCAUCGCCGCGCCAGCGAGGGUAAAUCUGCAGCAAUCGAUAAAGAAUUAGUCGUAAAAGAUGCGAGCGGAACGCGUGUGCAAAAGGAGAAGGGAAGCAGCGCUGCAGCCAAAUCUGCUUACGACGAUGUACACAAGGGAUACAAGACCGUGGUCGAUGGCAAGGGUGGAUACCAUAACGACAGAAGCGAUUAUAGGAAAGUAGGAAAUUCCCAAGGUUCAUCUGCAGCUAGUGACAAGGUUUUGAAAAUAAUAAAUAACGAUGGAACCAGGGUUACAUCGAAUGAAAAGAUUAGUAGUGCUGAAAAGAAAGACGGCCAUCAGUACACCCACGGCGACCACGGGAUCUCUUCAGACGGCCAUGGUGGCUACUCCAGCUGGGGCUUAGACGGAGAUCAUCGCCACGCCAGCGAGGGUAAAUCUGCAGCAAUCGAUAAAGAAUUAGUCGUAAAAGAUGCGAGUGGAACGCGUGUGCAAAAGGAGAAGGGAAGCAGCGCUGCAGCCAAAUCUGCUUACGACGAUGUACACAAGGAAUACAAGACGGUGGUCGAUGGCAAAGGUGGAUACAAAAGCGAAAGAAGCGAUUAUAGGAAAGUUGGAAACUCACAAGGUUCAUCUGCAGCUAGUGACAAAGCAUUGAAGAUAAUAAAUAAAGAUGGAUCCAGGGUUACAUCGAAUGAGAAGAUAAGUAGUGCUGAAAAGAAAGACGGCCAUCAGUACACCCACGGAGACCACGGGAUCUCAUCCGACGGCCAUGGUGGCUACUCCAGCUGGGGCUUAGACGGAGAUCAUCGCCGCGCCAGCGAGGGUAAAUCUGCAGCAAUCGAUAAAGAUUUAGUCGUAAAAGAUGCGAGCGGAACGCGUGUGCAAAAGGAGAAGGGAAGCAGCGCUGCAGCCAAAUCUGCUUACGACGAUGUACACAAGGGAUACAAGACGGUGGUCGAUGGCAAAGGUGGAUACAAAAGCGAAAGAAGCGAUUAUAGGAAAGUAGGAAACUCACAAGGUUCAUCUGCAGCUAGUGACAAAGAAUUGAAGAUAAUAAAUAAAGAUGGAUCCAGGGUUACAUCGAAUGAGAAGAUUAGUAGUGCUGAAAAGAAAGACGGCCAUCAGUACACCCACGGCGACCACGGGAUCUCAUCAGACGGCCAUGGUGGCUACUCCAGCUGGGGCUUAGACGGAGAUCAUCGCCGCGCCAGCGAGGGUAAAUCUGCAGCAAUCGAUAAAGAAUUAGUCGUAAAAGAUGCGAGCGGAACGCGUGUGCAAAAGGAGAAGGGAAGCAGCGCUGCAGCCAAAUCUGCUUACGACGAUGUACACAAGGGAUACAAGACGGUGGUCGAUGGCAAAGGUGGAUACAAAAGCGAAAGAAGCGAUUAUAGGAAAGUAGGAAACUCACAAGGUUCAUCUGCAGCUAGUGACAAAGCAUUGAAGAUAAUAAAUAAAGAUGGAUCCAGGGUUACAUCGAAUGAAAAGAUUAGUAGUGCUGAAAAGAAAGACGGCCAUCAGUACACCCACGGCGACCACGGGAUCUCAUCAGACGGCCAUGGUGGCUACUCCAGCUGGGGCUUAGACGGAGAUCAUCGCCGCGCCAGCGAGGGUAAAUCUGCAGAAAUCGAUAAAGAAUUAGUCGUAAAAGAUGCGAGUGGAACGCGUGUGCAAAAGGAGAAGGGAAGCAGCGCUUCAGACAAAUCUGCUUAUGACGACGUUCACAAGGGAUACAAGACCGUGGUCGAUGGUAAGGGUGGAUACAAAAGCGAUAGAAAUGAUUAUAGGAAAGUAGGAAACUCGCAAGGUUCAUCUGCAGCAAGUGACAAGGUUUUGAAGAUAAUAAAUAACGAUGGAACCAGAGUUACAUCGAAUGAGAAGAUUAGUAGUGCUGAAAAGAAAGACGGCCAUCAGUACACCCACGGAGACCACGGGAUCUCAUCCGACGGCCAUGGUGGCUACUCCAGCUGGGGCUUAGACGGAGAUCAUCGCCGCGCCAGCGAGGGUAAAUCUGCAGCAAUCGAUAAAGAUUUAGUCGUAAAAGAUGCGAGCGGAACGCGUGUGCAAAAGGAGAAGGGAAGCAGCGCUGCAGCCAAAUCUGCUUACGACGAUGUACACAAGGGAUACAAGACGGUGGUCGAUGGCAAAGGUGGAUACAAAAGCGAAAGAAGCGAUUAUAGGAAAGUAGGAAACUCACAAGGUUCAUCUGCAGCUAGUGACAAAGCAUUGAAGAUAAUAAAUAAAGAUGGAUCCAGGGUUACAUCGAAUGAAAAGACUAGUAGUGCUGAAAAGAAAGACGGCCAUCAGUACACCCACGGCGACCACGGGAUCUCAUCAGACGGCCAUGGUGGCUACUCCAGCUGGGGCUUAGACGGAGAUCAUCGCCGCGCCAGCGAGGGUAAAUCUGCAGCAAUCGAUAAAGAUUUAGUCAUAAAAGAUGCGAGUGGAACGCGUGUGCAAAAGGAGAAGGGAAGCAGCGCUUCAGACAAAUCUGCUUAUGACGACGUUCACAAGGGAUACAAGACCGUGGUCGAUGGUAAGGGUGGAUACAAAAGCGAUAGAAGUGAUUAUAGGAAAGUAGGAAACUCGCAAGGUUCAUCUGCAGCAAGUGACAAGGUUUUGAAGAUAAUAAAUAACGAUGGAACCAGAGUUACAUCGAAUGAGAAGAUUAGUAGUGCUGAAAAGAAAGACGGCCAUCAGUACACCCACGGAGACCACGGGAUCUCAUCCGACGGCCAUGGUGGCUACUCCAUCUGGGGCUUAGACGGAGAUCAUCGCCGCGCAAGCGAGGGUAAAUCUGCAGCAAUCGAUAAAGAAUUAGUUGUAAAAGAUGCAGACGGGACGCGUGUGCAAAAGGAGAAGGGAAGCAGCGCUUCAGACAAAUCUGCUUAUGACGACGUUCACAAGGGAUACAAGACCGUGGUCGAUGGUAAGGGUGGAUACAAAAGCGAUAGAAGUGAUUAUAGGAAAGUAGGAAACUCGCAAGGUUCAUCUGCAGCAAGUGACAAGGUUUUGAAAAUAAUAAAUAACGAUGGAACCAGGGUUACAUCGAAUGAGAAGAUUAGUAGUGCUGAAAAGAAAGACGGCCAUCAGUACACCCACGGCGACCACGGGAUCUCUUCAGACGGCCAUGGUGGCUACUCCAGCUGGGGCUUAGACGGAGAUCAUCGCCGCGCCAGCGAGGGUAAAUCUGCAGCAAUCGAUAAAGAAUUAGUCGUAAAAGAUGCGAGUGGAACGCGUGUGCAAAAGGAGAAGGGAAGCAGCGCUGCAGCCAAAUCUGCUUACGACGAUGUACACAAGGGAUACAAGACGGUGGUCGAUGGCAAAGGUGGAUACAAAAGCGAAAGAAGCGAUUAUAGGAAAGUUGGAAACUCACAAGGUUCAUCUGCAGCUAGUGACAAAGCUUUGAAGAUAAUAAAUAAAGAUGGAUCCAGGGUUACAUCGAAUGAGAAGAUUAGUAGUGCUGAAAAGAAAGACGGCCAUCAGUACACCCACGGCGAUCACGGGACCUCAUCAGACGCUCAUGGUGGCUACUCUAGCUGGGGCUUAGACGGAGACCAUCGCCGCUCCAGCGAGGGUAAAUCUGCAGCAAUCGAUAAAGAAUUAAUCGUCAAAGAUGCGAGCGGAACGCGUGUGCAAAAGGAGAAGGGAAGCAGCGCUGCAGCCAAAUCUGCUUACGACGAUGUACACAAGGGGUACAAGACAGUAGUCGAUGGCAAGGGUGGAUACCGAAGCGACAGAAGCGAUUAUAGGAAAGUAGGUUACUCGCAAGGUUCAUCUGCAGCUAGUGACAAGGUUUUGAAAAUAAUAAAUAACGAUGGAACCAGGGUUACAUCGAAUGAGAAGAUUAGUAGUGCUGAAAAGAAAGACGGCCAUCAGUACACCCACGGUGACCACGGGAUCUCUUCAGAUGGCCAUGGUGGCUACUCCAGCUGGGGCUUAGACGGAGACCAUCGUAGAACCAGUGAGGGCAAAUCUGCAGCAAUUGAUAAAGAAUUAAUCGUAGAAGAUGCGAGCGGAACGCGUGUCCAGAAGGAAAAGGGAAGCAGCGCUUCAGACAAAUCUGCUUACGACGACGUUCACAAGGGAUACAAGACCGUGGUUGACGGCAAAGGUGGAUACGAAAACGAUAGAAGUGUUGAUAGGCAAGUUGGAAAUUCCCAAGGUCUAUCUACAGCUGUUGACAAGGUUUUGAAGGUAAUAGUUAACGAUGGCUUGAUUACUGCCAAAGAGCUAGCCAACAGUGCAUCUCGGGAUAAUAACAGUGAGAAAUUACAUUCGCAGCAGAAAACUAAAACGAAUGCUGAUGGAUACGAAUCUUCCAACACCUACUCAAAAGACUUGGCUUCUAAUCGUGCAGCGUCAAACUCCCAUAACAAAGAAUAUCAGUCAAUAGGAAAGAAAGGAAAAUCAGUCACAAUAAAAGAUCAGGGAGCAGGAGCGUCCAUAGAAAAUCGCACUUCUGGUGAUUACAAUAAUCAAAACAGGUACUCAAAUAUACAUGGAUCAGGUACCUCUAAUUCUAAUGGCACAUACGCUUCAGCAGAUAAACAGGCAUCAGAUACCCAUAACCGGGAAUAUAAAUCAGUAGGAGAAAAGGGAGAAUCAGUCAGCAUUACCGACCAGGGAGCCGGCGCGUCACGAGAAACUCAAAAUUCAGGCACUCAUCAUGACCAAGGCACUAGUACAGGCAACGAUGGGUCCCACAAUAGUUGGAACUCCAAGGGAAGUGAUGCUUCCCUGUCUAAACAGGCUUCGGACUCUCAUAACAAAAAGUACGAAUCAGUGGGAGCAAAGGGAGAAUCCGUCUCAAUAGUAGAUCAGGGAGCAGGUGCGUCGACUGAAAACCGCAAUUCUGGUAACUACAACAACCAAAACAAGUACGAUGGUCCGAAUGGAUCCGGUGACUCCAAAUCCAUAGGCGAUUAUGCCUCCGUAGACAAACAAGCAUCAGACUCACAUGACAAGAAAUAUGAAUCUGUUGGAAAAAAGGGAGAAUCCGUUAAAAUUAUCGACCAGGGCACCGGCGCGUCCCGAGAAAAUAAGAACUCUGCUAACUAUAAUAACCAGAAUACCUACUCAAAUAAAUAUGGAUCCGGUACCUCUGAUUCUAAAGGCACACAUGCUUCAACAGAUAAACAAGCAUCAGACUCCCAUAACAAGAAAUAUGAAUCUGUAGGAAAAAAGGGAGAAUCCGUAACAAUAGUAGACCAGGGAGCCGGCGCGUCACGACAAACUCAAAAUUCACGUAUUUACAGUGAUCAAAGUACCAGCGCAGGUAACGACGGGUCCCACAAUAGUUGGAGUUACAAAGGAAAUGAUGCUGCCCUGUCUAAACAGGCUUCCGACUCUCAUAACAAAAAGUACCAAUCAGUGGGAGCACAGGGCGAAUCCGUCUCAAUAGUAGAUCAAGAAGCCGGUGCAUCGACUGAAAAUCGCAGUUCUGGUAACUACAAUAACGAAAAAACCUAUGAUGGACUAAAUGGGUCCGGUACCUUUAGUAAUAAAGGCAACUACGCUUCAGCAGAUAAACAGGCAUCAGAUUCCCACAAUCGGGAAUACCAAUCGGUUGGAAAAUCGGGAGAAUCGGUCAAAAUUACAGACCAGGGAGCGGGCGCGUCCAAUGAAAGCGGUAGCUCAGGCACCUACAUUGGUCAAAGCACUUACACAGGUCCUCAUGGUUCCGGUAAAUCUAGUUCUCAAGGCACCAACGCUUCAGCAGAUAAACAGGCGUCAAAUUCCCACAACAAAGAAUAUCAAUCCGUAGGGAAGAGCGGGGAAUCAGUGAGAAUCACUGAUACCGGAUCAGCAGCUUCUAAACAAAGUGGCAACUCAGGUUCCUACAGCAACAAAAUGACCAACGAAAACAAUGACGGUAGCUCAAGUAGCUCUAAGUCUUCCGGCAACUACGCUUCGGCGAACAACGCAGCAUCUAAAUCCGACGACAAGUCCUACGAAUCAAUAGGGAAAGAUGGAAAGUACACAUACAUUCGUAACACUGGUGACGCUGCAUCCGAAAGCAGCGGCACUUCAAGCAACAACAAAAACCAAGGGACUUCAAAGAAUGCUGACGGUAGCUCUGAAUCCUGGAGUACUAAAGACAACGCCGCAACGGCUCACAAAGCCGCAUCUGACAGAAACAAGUCAGUUUUAAUUGAGAAGAACCCAAACGGAUCCUCAAGACUGAAGGCAUCAGAAACAGCAAACGCCAGCGUGGCUGACGGCAGCUCUUCGAACAACCAGUCAAGCAAAACUUCAGUUGGGGCCGAUGGUACCAAAACUGCCGUCAACUCAAAAUCUGCAAAAGCCAGCAAGUCUUCUGCCUCAUCUAGUUCUUCUAAAAAAGUGGAAGUCAUUAAGGGCUAGAACUAUAAAAUUUAACAUUAUGAGUAGGUACUGUUACAGAGUUUUUAUACUUAUUUUACUGUUCAAUUAUAAUAUAAAACCUGUUUAAAAUAAUCGAAAGGUUAAUAAUAUUAUUAAACGUCCGUUUGCUUUAUAUGGUAAUAAAGUUAUUUUUGGGCUUUUGUUGUUUCUAAUAAAUAAACCCCUUAGAGAAUUUAAUCUACU